CAUUUUCACAUCCAUCGCAAUAACCCGGGAAAUAAAUUAUUUAUUUAUUAAUAAUACUUAUAUUAUUUAUCGAUAUACAUUCGCCAACAUUAGUAGUCAAUAGCAAAUCAUUAAUAAUUAUUCAAAAGUUUAAUUAACGAGUAAAAAAAGUAAAUAAAAAAAUAAAAUGGCGCAAGAACCUGAUAUGCCAACAUUCAAGUGUGUGCUUGUGGGUGACGGAGGUACUGGAAAGACGACAUUCGUAAAGCGUCACUUGACUGGAGAGUUUGAGAAAAAGUAUGUAGCAACAUUGGGAGUGGAGGUCCAUCCCCUGAUCUUCCACACGAACCGAGGCCCCAUCAGGUUCAAUGUCUGGGACACAGCUGGCCAAGAGAAGUUCGGUGGUCUUCGUGACGGUUACUACAUCCAGGGACAGUGUGCUGUUAUUAUGUUUGAUGUAACAUCACGAGUUACAUAUAAAAAUGUACCCAAUUGGCACAGAGAUUUGGUCCGUGUGUGUGAAAAUAUUCCAAUUGUUCUGUGCGGUAACAAAGUUGAUAUCAAAGACAGAAAAGUUAAAGCUAAGAGUAUUGUUUUCCACCGAAAGAAGAAUCUUCAGUACUAUGACAUCAGUGCUAAAAGUAAUUACAACUUUGAAAAACCUUUCUUAUGGUUAGCAAGAAAAUUAAUUGGAGAUCCCAACUUGGAGUUCGUGGCUAUGCCAGCUCUGUUACCACCAGAGGUGACCAUGGAUCCACAGUGGCAACAACAGAUCGAAAAGGAUCUGAAAGAAGCCCAGGAAACGGCAUUGCCCGAAGACGACGAAGAUCUCUAGGUUAAUAAUUGUACUGAGCAAGUGGACACCGCACAUGCAACUGUUGAAUUGAAACAAGAGUUUUAAAUUUUAAAAUAAAAUGCAGUUUAUAGUUAAAUAAAAAACUUCAAGGACUGUU